AUGAACUGCUGCGAAACUCAGUUCAUUGUGCUUAAUCCUAAAUCAUCAUCAAUUCCUAACAAAAGCUGCUUAUCUGCUGUAAACUUACAUGAAAUUCAAUACAAAAAAAUCAUAUUGGAUAGCAGUAAAAUCUAGUUUAAAACCUUUUACAUGAGACCGUCAUAUCUCAUAGUGGUGCUCGCCCACGGAUUGCAAUGUUUGAUUGCUGCGAUCAAUUAAUGA